AUGGGGUUCCCUCGGAUACUGCGUGAUUAUUUUUUUGUGCGAGAUAUGUCCACCACUCAACGAAGUGAAAGCAUAAACAAAUUUUUCAAGGGGUUUUUGCGCAGAAAAAUGAUGUUAAUGGAUUUUGUUCAAGGUGUUGAGAAGGCACUAAUCAGACGUCGAGAGAAAGAAAUUGAAGUUGACUUCAAAAUGAAUAAUGUGCAUCCAUCUUUAAUGCUCCAUAUGCCCAUUGAAGAAGAAGCAAGUAAAUUAUAUACACCAGCCAUGUUUGCAAAAUUCCAAGAAGAAUUACUUGGUAGUCUUCGUUACAAGUGUGAAAAAAUUGAAGAGAAUGAAGGUAUAGCUGUAUAUAAAUGUUGGAUAUCAGAGAGAGAUGUUAGACUUGUUAAAAUUUGCUUUGCAUCAAGUCUUCUUGUGAGUUGCACUUGUUAUAAGUUUGAGUUUACAGGGCUAUUAUGUCGUCACAUACUUAAGGUAUUCGUUGUGGCUAAUGUGGAUAAUAUUCCAAGAGAAUACAUGUUAAAACGUUGGAUAAGAGAUGCAAAAUAUGGGAAGGUUUUUGAUGAAAAUGACCAAUAUAUAGAAGAAGACUGUCAAGCUCAUUUAACACUCAGAUACAGUAGUGUUUCACAUGAAGCAUCAGAUAUUGCAACCAAGGGUUCUUGCUCUAUUGAAGUUUAUAAAGUGGCUAUGCAUUGGUUUAGGAGGACAAGGGAAGAGGUUGAGAAGGCAAUUAAAAUGCAAAACAUUGAAAUUUCAAAUAGCAACAAUGGAUUGGGAUCAUCACAACAAGCAAUUACAUCAACUGAAGUAACAAACCAUGACCCUCCACUAGCAAAAUGUAAAGGAAAUGGCAAAAGGAAGAAAGCAUUUUGGGAGAAAAAUCACAAGAAGGGGAAGUCCAAAGUUGUUGAUGAUGGACUUAAGGGACUUGCAUUGAAUGGUCAAGAACUAUUAGGGCAAGCCAUGAGAGUAGAUCUUGCCAACGAUAGUGUUUCUUAUCCACCAACAAUGGGUGAAUUGUAA